UACAAAUAAUCAAUGCUCUGGAUUUGUCCUAUUUACUGUCCUUAACAUAAUAUCAAAUCUAACAGUAGAAUUAAGUACAAUAGCAUUAAAAUUAAAUACAUGUGCUGCAACACUAUAUCAGACUCUUCCCAGUAUAAAAGUGUUCUCAUUUUAACUCUGGAAAGUGAUACCACUACUGUACAUGUAAACAACUUGGAUCACAAAGCUGUUUGUAUCCUGAUAAUUACGAUCUGCCUGUUCCAACCAGUGGGAACGCACUAAAAAGACAUUGGGACUUAUCUCAACUCAAGGGCUACAAACCUUAUAGUGUUUUACAGUGUUCAGAUGUUUGUCGUAAUGUGAAUUAAUCCCAUGUUGAUAUUUGUUUUCGUUUUAGCACUGAAUCAUAAAAUAACCUUAAUUGAAAAAGAGCUUCAAUCUGUUCAGUCCAAGUUAGAGGCUCAGAAGAAAGCCCUGGUGUUCUCUAAAGGAGCAAACAGUCAUGACAAAAUCUAUAUUACAAAUGGCCAGGAAGCAACGUACAAUGAAGGAAAAGCAAUUUGCUCUUCAGCUGGAGGACAGCUUGCUUCACCAACUAAUGCAGAAGAGAACCGAGUUAUACUAGCCGUAGCUCAACAAAAUAAGAAGAUUCCAUUUUUUGGUAUUAAUGACAUUCAGACUGAGGGAACGUUUAGAUACCCAAAUGGAGAGAGAAUCAGCUACUCAAACUGGAAAGUUCGUGAACCCAAUGAUCUAUACGGGAUUGAGGACUGUGUGGAAAUGCAUGACUCAGGAUUAUGGAAUGAUACGAUCUGUACAGAAAAACGACUUGUCAUUUGUGAAUUUUUUUAAAAUUUUAUUUUUUUCUUUUGUUUAUAAACAUUUACAUUUUUAGGAUGUAGAAAUAUAAUCAUAAUGGAAAUCAAACUGGUGCGCUUGAAUCAUACCCUGGUUAAAAUAAAUUCCAAGGAAAUAUGGUUUGUCAUUUGCCCUUUGACUAAUGUUACCAGCCUUUCGAAUAAAUACAUUUAAAGCAUC